UGCAAGUAAGUACUACUCCUACUAUUAGAUUUCCCUCCCAAAUACACCAUCACAACCUUCAUUGACCCAAAACGAUGAAGCAACCUCUCUUACCCAUCUCAUUAUCACUAUUACUCUCCCUCUUGUAUUCUACUACUUUAGCAUUAGCAACCCAAUCACCUUCUAUUGCACCAGUGCAACACAUCCCUACCCCACCAGCUGCAUCCCCUACAACUACAGCACCACUGGUUCCCACAUUACCCCAAUCACCAAGUGACAACACCCCUGACACUGGUGGAACCAAUGACAUUGUGGGAAUCCUAAGAAGGGCAAACUCGUUCAACGUCUUCAUCCGCCUCAUGAAAACCACCCAAUUAGUCAACCAACUUAACUCACAACUCAUAACCAUAAAAUCUGGUGGCUUAACCAUUCUUGCACCAGAAGACAGUGCCUUCUCAGAACUCAAACCAGGCUUCCUCAACUCUUUAUCUGAUGGCAAAAAACUCGAACUCCUUCAGUUCCACGUUCUUCCAGACUAUGUCUCUAGCUCAAACUUCGAUACCUUGACAAACCCUGUGAGAACACUAGCAGGAAAUAAACAUGGGAAGGUGGAACUAAACGUUAUAAGUUAUGGUGGCAGUGUGAACAUCUCAACGGGACAAGUGAACACCACAAUCACUGGCAUCAUAUAUACGGAUAAGCAUCUUGCUAUUUAUAAGGUGGGUAAGGUUCUUGUUCCUUCAGAAUUCUUCCCUACCAAGACAAUAGCGGCAGCACCUACUUUAGCACCGGCACCAGCAACCGAUGCGGCUAUGGCGCCUAAAUCUGAUAAGCAGAAGCCCUCAUCCUCUGAGGAUUCCUCGGAGACGUCGCAGGUUGUUCCCACUGAGACUUCUGGCGCUAUGAGAAGAAUAAGUUUUUGUGGAACCUUGGUGUCCCUUGUUCUUGGUGUUGUCUUCGUGGCAGUGUUUACAAAAUGAAUUUUUAUUGAUUGAUGUAUCUA